AUGGGUGUAGGCGAACUCAUUGAACGCGCCAGGUUGCCUUGCGUCUCGCAAUGGAUCAAUGAGGACAUCCGACCCAUAGAGUCGGCCAGGCGGACAUGGACGUUCUGGACCUUUCACAAUUUUUGGUUGCUGAUCAACUGCAACAUUGCGACCUUCCUGACUGGGAGCUCGCUGAUACCGUUGGGCCUCAACUGGUGGCAAGCCAUCAUUGCAAUUGUGGUGGGAAACAUCAUAGCCACCGUGGCAAUUGUCAUUAGCUCGCUUGCAGGUGCCUACUAUCACAUUGGCUUUUCCGUCUAUAGUCGUGCCGUAUGGGGCAUGUGGGGAUCCCAGUUUGCCAUCUGGAACCGCAUAUUCUUGUCUCUCGCUGUUGUCCGUAGGUACGGUUUCCAGACAUGGGUUGGUGGCCAGUGUUUCGAGCUCAUCUUGCUGUCGUGGGAUCCCCAGUAUGCAUCUCGCAUUCCCAACCACAUGCCCGAAAGCACGGGCAUGACAACAGCUCAGUUCGUAUCGUACAUCAUCUUCUUCGUCAUCAGUCUUCCGUUUCUGUGGAUCCAGCCUCAUCGCCUGCACAAGAUGUUCCAGUUUUCCAGCGCCGUGGCCAUAGGCUUCUUCGUGGCCCUCCUGAUAUGGGCCCUGGCAACCAUGGGCGAGGGAGGCUUUGGUAGCACCAUGGAUUCGUCAACUACCAUGCCCAGAACCGGCGGGCCAGGUAGCGUUGCCUGGUUGAUGAUGUACGGGAUAAUGUGCACCAUUGGCGCGAUUGCGGCCGGUAUCCUGAACCAAAACGACUUUGCGCGUCUGGCACGGACGCCAAUGGACGCGCUCUGGGGCCAGCUUAUCCCAUACGGCGUCUACAGUAUCUUGACAUCCGUCAUUGGGAUUCUAGUCGUAUCAGCCACCCAGAAGCGGUUCGGCGGUGAGGCCGUCUGGAACCCGCCGACCAUCUUUGUUCGCCUGCUGGAGAAGGAUGAUAGUGCUGAGACACGGGCCGCAGUCUUCUUUGCCGGUGUUGCGAUGUGCAUCUCUCAGAUUGGUAGCAACGUGCCCGGGAAUGCGCUGGCUGGCGGCAUAGACCUGUCGUCCGUGUUCCCGCGGUACAUCAACAUCCGCAGAGGGGCCUACAUCACGGCCCUACUUAGCCCAAUUGUCAACCCCUGGCAGCUGGUUUGCAAGGCGACGACGUUUCUGUCCGUCUUGUCUAGCUACAGCGUCUUCCUCGCGCCGAUGACGGGCAUGAUGUUUGCCAGCUAUGUCGUGGUGAAUAGGCGCAAGAUUAAGGUCGACGACUUGUACCAGGGCCACAGCGGCAGCAUAUACUGGUAUACCCACGGCAUCAAUUUCCGUGCGCCGCUUGCGUGGGCGGUGGGAGUUGCGCCGUGUACGCCCGGCUUUAUCGCGGCGGUGAAUUUAUCCGUGGUGCUGCCCUCAGGCAUGACGGAGCUCUUCUACCUCAACUACCUGUACGGCUUCCUGUCGAGCGCCGGCGUCUACGUGCUUCUCCACUGGCUCUUCCCUGCCAGGAACGUCGACAGGUUUAUCAGGACGUCGCCGAGCCCGAGGGAAGUGCAGCAAUUCUACGCUGACCGCUGGGAGCUGCCGAGCCCAAUAGGCGAACCGGCCAGCCCCAAGCCCCGUGCCUGUCACGUUACCGGCAAGCUGGGCUGCCAUUGGCGGCGUCUGGUGAUGGCCUCGAGUGCUGCCACACGCAACCUACUCGCUCGUCUCUUUUGUAAGAGCAGAGGGUUGGUCUGCCAAUCUACGCCGACCCCUGAUGAGCUGUCUGCUCAGCAUGAGAGUGCCGGCGAAAGCACCACUGACAAUGGCGCCUCGGAUGCUGAGCUCGUCACGCCUUCGGCCAUGGGCUCCUCGCCGGGUCUAUCACGCCGCAGCGUCUCGCACUCCAGCCCGGCAGACACGGUCCAGUCGUCUACAGGCAUCACUGUUGCUGUGGCUUUGAGUAUGGAGCGGCAGCCGUCUGCCCCCUCCGCCAUGGUACAUCAGGGCUUGGUUCGCCAGUCUGGGCCGCCUGCAGAUGGCCAGGACCAGCCCUUACAUGGCGUCUCACACCCGGCCGUUCUGUCAUCCAACCUUCCUCUCCAUACGCUCGAGGACAAUUUCAACAGGACCGCGCACUCCAUGGGACCGUCGGCUGAGCAGGACACGUAUCUCCUGGAUGCCUUCAGGUGUCUAAUUAUUAGUGAAAAGGAUGAGAUCGAUGCCAACAUCAUCCAGGUGUAUCCUGGUGGUCACACCGCGGACGAUCGUCCGGUCCACUUCUUACUCUUGGAAAAUGAAAACCCCGAGUUCACAACUGAGGCAAAGCAAGCUGCCUCGGACGGGACGGAGAGGCUUGUGUGGCCCUAUGGCGAACACUUGAUACGUCUAUACUUCAAGCACGUUCACCCUAUAUACCCCGUCGUCACCAAGACGCGAUUCCUUCGUCAGUACAAGGCCAACAGGAUGAAGAUCCCGGCCUCGUUGCGUGGUGCCAUCUACGGCAUGGCGUGCGUUUUCUGGGACCGUGACCCAAGCAUUACAGAGCCAUGCCCCUUCCAGCAGCAUCAAUGCAUAGACCACGCGCACGAGGCUUGGAGGCGUGAGCAUGAGAACCCCAACCUCUUCAGCCUUCAGGCAGGCCUUUUGCUCCAUCACAUCACGCCUCCUGAAAUUGACAGUGUUGAGACGCCGAGCAUGUGGACCAUGACGGCGCAAACCACUGCAUGUGCUCAGACAAUAGGCCUCCAUCAAGAUCCCACCCGCUGGAGCAUUGAGCCAUGGGAGAAGAGAGUCAGAAAGAAGCUCUGGUGGGCAGUGUAUGCCUCGGAUUGCUGGUCCGCAAUCUGCCACGGGAAUCCUCCGCACAUCAGCCUAAGCUCAUUCAGCACCAUUCCACCCGACAUGGACGACAUUCGAGCGGAUGAGACUCUGCCUGAAGACUUGCGAUACCUAGUUGAGCCCGACGAUGCCAUCUUCCAAGCCUCAGUGGGAGCUCGAUUCUUACAGUUUAUCAACCUGACCAUUAUCUUGAGGGAGGUGCUGGACUGCAGCUUCCAAGUUCGACCCAACCCGUCAAGCCUCGCCGACAGGGAAACACAGUUGGUCAUUCUGAGAGAGAAAUUCAACGACUGGCAUAGCCUCCUCCCGCAAUGCCUUGCUCUCGGCCCCGACAGAGGCCAAGACGUGGUCAGCAACUGCCCUUUGCAUCUCCAUUAUUACGCGAGCCAGGCACUCUUGUACCGAGGGUUGAUGUAUCCUGCUACCAGAGAGGCCAGGGCCAAUCCCGAGUCGAGCCUUCGCAGGUGGUUUCUCUCUGCCCUCAGCGAGUUUCGAAACUUUGUCUGCUUUUUCCACUCUAUUGCCGAGGAAGAUUUGCGAGGCUUUUGGUGUCGCCCCACUGACCAGCAGGACAUUGAGGCUGCAUAUCAACUCCUGCAAGAGUUCCACCACUCUCUCGAACGACUAGGCGAAACCACUCACAAGCCGGGACGGCUUCUGCUCCGGCCUGUCAGGCUCAGGCUGGAUUCCUUCUUUCGCCAGGCGGCCACGGUUCUUCGAGGGAGCGAGGCGCUCAUUACGUCGCCUACGAACGCAACAGGCUAG